UUAAUCAACGCGUUUACAGCCGUGGGUGGCUCCACCCCUACCUUUUUUGCUGCCAUCUGCGACGCUCUCGUGGACGCGGCAGUUGCUGUGGGCAUGCCGCGCGACCUGGCUAACACUAUGAUUUUCCAAUCUAUGCAUUGUACGGCUGCUCUGCUGCAGAGCGGCGUCCAUACCGGUGUGCUCAAAGAUCAAGGUACUUCCCCUAAAGGUUGUACUAUCGGCGGUCUCAUGGUGCUGGAAGAGACUGGUGUCAGAGGCCAUCUCGGCCGGGGUCUGAGGGAAGCGCUGACCACAGCCCGACGCAUGGGCUCAGAAUCGCAUGUUAGUGAUACUAGGCAUUGA